GGCGACGCGCGGCGCGCUCGCGGCAGUCCUCUCGUGCUGUACUGUAAUCAUAUGACAGGGAGUCUGUCCCGCUGCUGAACACCGAACCACCGGAGGACCGGAGCGAAGCAGGCGGGGAGCAGCUGAGGGUCGGUCCGUAGCUGAAGGAGCGGAGGACGAACUAGAGCCAAACUCCCCCCCUCCCUGAACUUGUUGUAAACUGUGGGAGAGCCGAGGGGCUGCUGAGGAGGACCGAAGGAGCUGAGAGUCUGAGCGGCGGAAUCCCCGCUGGGAGCUUCGCUUUUUAUUAAAAACAAUAAAACAGAAAGAAAAGUUGAAAGUUGCUUCUCUGCCAGUCAGGACGCCCGGAUCCAGAGCCAUGGUGGGGGAGACAGAGGUGAAGGAAAGACCCAAGUCCAACCCGGACUAUCUGAUGCAGCUGAUGAACGACCGGAAGGUGAUGAGCUCCCUGCCCAACUUCAGCGGCAUCUUCACGCACCUGGAGCGGCUGCUGGAUGAAGAGAUCGGCAGGGUGCGCAAGGACAUGUACAACGACACGCUAAACGGCGGCAUGUUCAACGGGCGGGACAUGGAGGAGCUCCCCGAGGCCAUCGGCCCCGUGGCUCAGCUGCAGGAGAAGCUCUACGUUCCUGUCAAAGAAUACCCCGACUUCAAUUUUGUAGGUCGGAUCCUGGGCCCCCGCGGCCUGACAGCCAAACAGCUGGAGGCAGAGACCGGCUGCAAGAUCAUGGUGCGAGGAAAAGGCUCCAUGAGAGACAAGAAGAAGGAGGAGAUGAACAGAGGAAAGCCCAACUGGGAGCACCUCAGCGAGGACCUCCACGUCCUGAUCACCGUGGAGGACACGCACAACCGCGCCAAGAUCAAGCUCCAGCGAGCCAUCAACGAGGUCAAGAAACUCCUGGUGCCCGCUGCUGAGGGGGAAGACAACCUGAAGAAGAUGCAGCUGAUGGAGCUGGCCAUUCUCAAUGGGACCUACAGAGACGCCAACGUGAAGACACCCAAUGCCGCCUUCCCUCUAGCGACCCCUCAGGCGCCUCGGAUCAUCACGGGCCCCACGCCCGUCCUGCCCCCCACCCUGCGGAACCCCGCCCCUGUGACCACGCCCACCAUCAUGCCUUUGAUCCGUCAGAUCCAGAGCUCCGCCCUCAUGCCCGGAGGCAAUCCGCACCCGGCGCUGGUGCAGCAAGGACCCGAGUCUGGAAUCAUCUACACGCCUUACGAGUAUCCCUACACACUCACGCCCUCCAUAUUGGAAUACCCGAUCGACUCAACCGGAGUAUUAGUCCCUUCUUCCUGUGUUUUUGCAGGUAUGGCAUUCCCAACCAAAGGCUAAGCGGUAGCAACCCCUUCUUAGCACACACCUGGACUGGCUUGCAGAGACCCUCCCCCUCCCCAACACACACACCCCUUCACCCCCAUUCCCCCCCCCCCACAUAAACCCGCGUAGUUAUCCCUCAGAGCAGAAAGUCAGUUUGUUUCCACGUUUAAUUCCCUCUAUUGUAUUAGCAGACUAGCAUUGUGGUGUGACAACUACUUACCUGUUUAUAAUGACUCAGCUUCUGCUUGUAAUUUUUAACACAUUUUUUAGUGAACCUGUAGAUGUUUUAGAGCUGCUGUUUGCGAUCUAACCUAACGGUAAAAGCUUGUUUUGAUCACAGAGCUAUAAACGUGUCUUUUUGCUUAAAAAGCUGAUUUUGAAUCUACUAGCGAAGCUUAGUUGAGGACUAGCGGUGUGGAUUAAUGAUUUCCGUAGGGAGCAGAAGACCACAAAACAACAAAAGGUUCUAGGUCCUAGAGACGAGAUGUUUUUGUUUUGUUUUUAUUUCCACUUAUUUUCACCCUCAGCCUGGAGCGCCUGGUAAAUUCCUGGUGUCACUGACGUUGGUGCCACGGGUGGGGCUGUCUGUUGUCUUUCUGACGAGUAACCCUUCUGUGUUUUGUUUUCGGGGGGAAAUAUCAAUGGCUGUUAGCAGGUGCCAUGACCACUAAGGUACGACGCCACGACAAGAGAAUCCAUCCUUACCAAAGGGUAGUGACCACAGACAGAGGUUAGUUAGCUCACCAGCCACUCUGUGUGUGUGUGUGAGUGUGUGUGUGUGCAUGCAGACCAACGGACCAAUUUCCGUUUACAUGAGUCCCUUAAAACGGCAUGCCUUAAGAGAGAGAAAAGAUGAAACCGUACCAGGCUAAAUGACAGCUGCUCGAAGCGGGUGGCCUCGCGGGGGCCAGGGGCCCGCUCAUGUGACCCGGCCCUUGUGACUCCUCUGAGCCGUCUUUUAUGGAAACUUUACAUUUCCCCUCCUCGGUACUACUUCUGAUCACCUAAACACUGUGGAAACUCUUAUUUAUGCUCAGCUUCAUUCCACUAGAUUUCCACAGUUUUUCUUUUUUUUUAUUGUUUUGUUUUGUUUUGUUUUUAUACACAUAUAUAUCUAUCUAUAUAUAAUGAAUUAAAUCCUGUGUAAUUCCCAAUUCUUACAUAACGGUUAAAGUAAAAUAUGAGAAAACACAGCGUGUGAUAACUACUGAAGUCUGUGUUAAGAGCUCUUUUGUAUGAAAUACUGUUGUUUGUGGUCUUAUCAGUCGCCCACUGGACUUUAUCAUUGGGACUGUUUACAACUUUCAUUUAUUUCCUAGCCAGAGUGGUGCUGUUACCAUGUAUUUAGCUGCAAAAAUAAAUUUGUAUAUAGGGAUUUUAAGGAUUUAAGUGCUUAAAUGAAGCUUACAGAAUAAGAUCGCUUGGAAAUACCUGUAGUUUGUUUUUUAGUUUGUACAUUUGUUUUGUUUUAUGAUAUGCUUUUUAUAGAUGAAGUGUCUCCAUGUAAACUGUAUUCAAAAGUGUGUAGCUACUACUGUUUUAGUCAUCACAAAGGUGACGAUGAAGGCAGUGUUUUUCUCUGUGUAUUUAAGAUGAGGUGACCUUCUCGAUUUCGCAGGCCUCCAGACUGUUAUAUGCAAUAGAAAUGGAAAAAAUUGAUUAGCUAGCUACUAUAUAUACAUAUAUAUAUAUAUAUAUUUGUAUGUAUAUAUAUAUGUGUGUGUGUGCGCGCGUGUGUGUGUGUGUGCGAGCAGUUGUGCUCAUGUUGUAUAAGAUGGACAAAAAAACACUAAAAGGCAAUAAAGAUGAGUAUUGAAACAAAUCUCUAAAGCGAA